AAAGUAGUAUUUCUUUAGUCUUGUGUAACAAUAUAAAGUAACCAAAUAAGCCUAUUCAGCAAAAUUACUUUCUUUCCAUCAUUUUUGUGAUGUUAUGGAUGAGCUAACUAAUGGUCCAAUAGAUGAAUCUAAUCACUUACCAUUUACAAAAGGAGAAGUAACAUUUCUUGUCAUCAUGUUUGCAGCUGUUAUUAUUCUAGCCGUUAUCGGUAAUACAGUUGUCUGCAUUUUACUCCGAUUUCGUUAUUGUACCACUUUUAAAUGCCUGCGGACAUUAUUAAGACAGAGUAAGAAAGCGACAUUAUUAAGAUCCUUUCAUCACAAUAAUAAUAAUAAUAACAUUGAUCCAUGGGUUGACGAAUGUCCAAGUAGCCAGCAUGAAUGUAGUUGUGGAAAAACAUGUAUUGUACAGAAUACGCAUCGUUAUUUAGUAUUUAAAUCGCCACAGAAGUUACAAAAAGAAGGUGCAGGGAAUUAUGCAGGGAGUAUAACAAUAACAAAUAAUAUUGGUCCAGUAUUUAGUGAAAGGACAAAGCGGAAAUUGCGUACAAAUGUUUAUUCAAGAGGUAGUGGAAUGCGUACUACAAGUAUUACUAGUUUAUUCUUGUUCAAUCUAAGUUUGGCAGAUAUUUUAAUGGCUGUUUUAUGCAUACCUAUGAAUGUUGUAACUGAAAUUGUAUACCUUUGGUGGCCACUUGGUGAACCUUUGUGCAAAAUUGUUCCUUAUGCACAAGGUGUAAGCGUUUUUGUCAGUGCAUUGACACAUGUUCUUAUUUCAUGGGAUAGAUUUGUCCUUGUCUUCUUCCCACUACGUCCGAGAAUGUCGCAUUGUAAAGCUGUUUGCCUACUAGUUGGUGUUUGGAUUUUAGCAUUGAUCAUCCCGUUACCUGUACCUAUUGUAAAUAAGACAGUGAAACGUGAUAAUGAAACAUUUUGUGUAGAAGACUGGAGUCUUUUAUUAUCAUCAGUGAAAUCCACAACUGGAAAUAAUUUAACAAAUCUUGGACAAAUUAAAAAUGAACUAUCAAUUACACUAUUUAGUCAUACUACAAAUAUGCAAAUUGAUGUUGUCUACACUGUUGUUUUACUGAUUUUACAGUACUUCUUGCCAUUAGGUGUGAUUUGUGGAACUUAUGCAGCUAUAGGCAUUAGAGUGAAUCGAUUACAAACUCCAGGUGAACGUGACAGUGCAAGAGAUCAAAAGUUGACUAGAGCUAAACGGAAGAUGGUGAAAAUGUUGACAUUAGUGGCCUUGAUGUAUGGAUUAUCUCAACUGCCAAGGCAUGCAAUCUACUUACAUGGCUUAAUCAAUCGAGAAUUUUGGCUGAAAUCAUACUCAAUUAAAGCAUGGGCAGCAGCAAACUUUGCACGAGAUUCAUCAACCUGUUACAAUCCAUUUAUAUAUGCAUGGAUAAAUAAAAAUUUUCGUCAAGAUAUCUAUCGUCUGGUGUACUCAUGCUUCCUCCCAUGUUUUACAAUACGGCUCGCGAAGUCGUCACGUUCUAAUAGAUCUCUACGAGUUCAAAAGGAGAGUGAAAUUCAAUUGCCUAUGAUUCGUACUAAUCCACCUUCUAGAAGUGAAGGCAAUUCAAAUUCUGUUCCUUGUAAAUCAUUCAACUGUUCAUCAUAAAAUGACAAAUGAACUUACAUUCAUUUAUAGUUCAGCUGUUUGGAUGUUGAAUAGCAACAAUGAAACUGAACUGUCAUGAUAACUUCAACUUCACUUCAUGAAAUGCCUAACUCUUAAUUGAAUUGUGACCCUAAUAGAUUAUGAUAAUUAAUGCGAAACUGUUCUGUAUAUAACAAAUCACAAUUCACUUAUGUACUAUUUUGUGUUUUAUUUGGAAAAUUAAGAGAGAAUAAACAAUGAAACGUUCAUAUGAUUUACAGCAUAUUUAAAUUUUUAUAGUUGAACAACUCUAACUUUUAACUUUUUGUACUGGUAAAGCUAAUGUUAUCGGUUGAACAUCAGUAAAAAGUCUGUUACUGAUCCUUCGAACAUGAUAUUAAAACCU